AUGGCUAUAGACCGUGCACUACAGCCCAGCCAAUACAUCCAUGAGCCCAGCCCACGCAAAGUGGCGCGCCAGAUAGACAGCGCAGCCGCAGCAGAACAGGCGCACACAGACGCAGGAGCAGCCAUGGCAGACGAAAAAACCAAGGAGGGAGUGAAGACGGAGAACAAUGAGCACAUCAACCUGAAGGUGGCUGGGCAGGAUGGCUCAGUGGUGCAAUUCAAGAUUAAAAGGCACACUCCUCUCAGCAAACUGAUGAAAGCUUAUUGUGAACGACAGGGGCUGUCAAUGAGGCAAAUACGAUUUCGAUUUGAUGGUCAGCCCAUCAAUGAAACAGACACACCCUCGCAGCUAGAAAUGGAGGAUGAAGAUACGAUUGACGUGUUCCAACAGCAAACCGGAGGCUCUUCUCUUUAAAGACUUUUUUCCUACGGACAUCCCUACCUCCCUUUUUCAUCCCUGAACAUCUUUGUUAUCCCCAGUCUUCAAAUGUUCAUGACCAGUGUUGAUACCAUCCAGUGGAAUACUUUUACAAAAGGCUCAAAGACGGCGGCACAGUUGAUGUAGAUAGAUUUAAUCACACUGUCCUUUUUGUAUCUCAACAUGUCCGAACUGCGCGGUGUAGACGACUUGUAAGCUGCAGUGAGUCUAAUGUGCUGAAGAAAUUUAAAUCUUGCUUUUUUUUUCUGGAGGUUUUAGAGAGAACUUUGGUCUUUUUUUGUUUUGUUUUUAUACAUGUCUUUUGAGGUUUUGAUUCAGAUGGAAUUUUGUUGUUCAGUAAGCCGGCAUUUUAAAUUCACAUCUGUUAUGAAAAUGUGUUAUUGGAAUAAAUUGAGUCAUUUUUCUUUUUUUUUU